AUGAGGGCCCGACGCCUUGAUCCCAGUUGUGCAAUUGGAUUCUUCUGUAGCCAACCUACUGAUAUUUCUGCCCUGCUAGAUCGCCUGCCUGCCCUCACUGCUCUCGCUUGCACCCCGGUGACUCGGUCUGGUCCUAAAUCAAGUGAUAACUUCCCUCUCUUUUCAAAAAAAUCCACCAUUGGGGACUCCAAACCGGCUGAUUCUCGAUUCCAAGUUGCGAGUACCACAGCCAGUCAUAACACUUCUCGUCCAUUCAAUUCGAAGACUUUUAAACUAGACUUGCUAGAUCGGCCCAACUUCAACACUACUUCUCAAUCACCGCCUGCUCGUUUGAUUCCAAAGCGCAGCCUUAUAGAGGUAUUCGAUUCUCCACUCGAUCUUGUCACGUCCAGGCGGAUACCUAACAAAGCUGGCAAUGGAAGACUGGUUGAUAUGGCUGAACAUGAGAAUCUGAAAUCUAUGUUCCGAUAUCUCGAUGAAACCAGCCUUUUGGUAGAUCCUGAAGCUGCCAUUGUCGUGUCAAGCGAAAGUGCAAAUUGA